AACUUUUUACUUUUUAAAGCGCGGGUAUUACAGAAAUUUUCUCAAGUCUUUGUGUAAAUAAAACUACUUGUAUGCUAGACUUGUAAGAUAAACACGCUCAUAAACAUAUACAGCUGUAGUAUUCUUUUAACAAAACGAGGCCACAUUGUGAAUACACCCAUUUUCCUUCAUUUUUCUUCAUACACUUAUGUCCAGGGUUGAACUCUGUCGCAAAAAUUUGCUAGCAAAUUGUUUUCGCAAUUUUGACAAAAAAGAUUUGAAGGAAACUGCUGUCAAAAAUAUAUAGAAGAUAUAGCAAAUAUAGCAAGAAUAAAAAAUUCAACAAGAAUUGCAAACCGUAGCAAAAAUUUGCUAGCAAAUUUUUGUCGUAAUUUUGGGGAAAAAAAGAUUAGAAACGUAUAGAGAAAAUAGCAAAAAUAGCAAGAAUAACAAAUUCAACAAGGAUUGCAAGCUGUAGCAGAAAUUUGUUAGCACAUUUUUCUCGCAAUUUAGCUAUAAUUCUUUGAAUAGAAAUUGCUUGCAGAAAUCUAAAGAAGUCUGCAAAUAUCGCAAGAGUAACAGGACAUUUCAUUGCAGCAACAAAAAAACACCCUUAUAAAUAUCGCAAGAAUAAGAAGAUUAAUAAAGUAAGCAAACGUUCAGACUUUUAAGGAAAAAGGUAGAGAAGGCCCUAUAAAAGUCCGCGAUUUUUGCAAAAUUUACGAACUUCUAAAGGCCCUUCUUCUCCUUGUUAUUCUUGCUAUUCUUGCGAUAUUUGGUACCCAGUCUUUUAGAUAACGACGAAAUUUCUUGUUACUUUUGUGUUUUUUGCGAAAUUAGCGGACUUCUCGAGCCCCUUCUUUGCCUUUUCCCUUUACAGGUCUAGAAUUUUGUUCAAUUUGUUAUACUUGCUAUUUUUGCGACUGUGUUCAAUCAUGGACAUAUCUGCGUACAUGUACAAUUCCAUUGUACGUGUGUUAAACACUAAUUGAAAAUCAUAGGCAGUCCCAUUUAAUGAAGUUAAAUUCAUAGUUGAGAUAAUAUCGUUGUUCAAUAUAUUGGCACACCGCAAGCUUAUAGUAGACACACCGUCACUUAAUGAUAAGGUAUUUUGCCACAUUUUCAGAUAAAAUAUGCAUAAUUUUUCGUAAAUAAAACUUUUUGAGUGGACUUUAGCUAUUAUUGUUCCGUUGCUCUAUUAUUGUAUAAAUGUUUCGUUCAACAGUCAUUGCAGGCAAAGAGAUUAACAUUACACUGACCAUCAAAGAUGGAGACUGCUCUGACGAACGGUACCUUAAAUCUUCAUUGUCAAAGGAACUUUCUGUUACGGUAAAGUUAAAACUGUAGUGUUAAUGUGGGUUUGCUAGUAGGAUUUAGUCAGGGUAAGAAGUUUUUCCAAGCCUACUACUCUGAUCGAAUUUUUCUCCGUUACAUACUCAUGCAAUUAAGGCCACUAUUCCCAACAGAUGCAAUACGGAACUUGUUCACUGUGCUAUGUAUAUUACAUGGCCGCGCAGAGAUGCGAAAUUUCUCUUCAAGGUGUGAAAAAUGUUAACUACGAGUGAGUGCUGUAAAAUGAGAAACACAUUGUUUAAUGUGGCUCGACUGGAUUUUUUUGGGGGGGAUACCUCCCAAGGUUGAGCAUUAAUUACGUCGCCAUGAGUAAAGAUAUGGAAAAAAGGUUUCCACAACUGUAUUAUAUAAAGAUGAAAAAUUCUUAUGAUCUGGGUUUUAUUGCAAUUAGAGUCGCCAUGGCAACGUAACGACGCCAUUAGGUUUUUUAUUUAUCUUUGUUUUCUCUGUAUCAGGAGUUUUUUUAAAGGGCAACUCUCGGGAAAAUUACCCCUGUUUUUUAAGUUCUCUAUGGUUUCCUAAUGGCAUGUAAUAUCUCUCUUUGAUGAAAUUUCCGAUAUAUCUGCGAAACUUAUUUUUUUUAUAAUUUUUCGAAAACUCGAUUUUUGCCGCCAUUUUGAAAACAUUCUGAUUUCAGAUUAGUCACGUGAUUUUACGUCACACGUGUGGAACACGGAUUGCCAAGUGAAGAUUAUAAGAGAAAAACGCACCAAUUUUCUCUGGCAAAUAAAGGAGAAAUAGAGCCUCUACUGUCAUAUUAACGUUCAGGAAAAGCAUUUCGAUGAUGGUUCCAUUUUUUAAAUUUAGACGGGCAUCAGAUGCGGGUGAUUUAGAUUUUUUUUGUAUUUUUUUGUUAGGGUAAUUUUGAAGUCGCGUGAGACAUUUAUCGACCCGAGGUCAAUAAUUGUAAACAGUUACGCUCCUAAUCUGCUACGUAUGAUACAAAGAACAUCUUUCCUAUGGCAGAUUUAAAAUUCUGGUACAACCAUUAAUGUUACCUGAUGGGUGUUGAUGCCCUUCAUUCCUCGAAAACGACUUAAUUUAUUCCCGCGAAAUACUCGCAUCUUUGAAGAGAACUCCGUCACGGACUGCCUUACCGGCCUGAUUCUAUACCGCCUUUUGUGUUUUCACUUAAGUGUGUUGUUCUUGUCUGAAAUCUGCAGGUUCUAUCCACUUACCUUUGCUCCUAAACACGCGAAAUAAAACUCACUUCUCGCCGAAAGUUGCGAUUUUAUUUUGAAUGUAGUUAUUCGAGAUGUACUGUCGAGAUUGUAGCUUCAUUCCAUUGCAAAACCUGCACACACGCUAAAAUUACAUGUAGUGUGCCUUUUAAGGAUAGAAGGAAAUUAAAACGGUUAAAAAAAUGAUUAAAAUAGGAUUGCUUCAUUAUCUUUAGCGGUACUUUGUACCCGUCCUACCUGCGAACACUAUAAAACUGCCUUGAUAGCACGCGUGUCACGUUUCUUUUGCAAUACGUCCCUUUGGGACUUCUCACAUUUUGGAAAAAAGAAAUUAUUAAAUCCCCGACGCGGUACUUAUGGAAAAUUCCAAGGAGAAAAAAGCGAUAACGGGAACGAAAAAGAAGAAAGAACUAGACAAGGUUCACUCCUGCAGUAUGAACCUUUUUAUUGAAGGUUAUGGCUCAAGCACCAUAACUGAAAGUCUUUGCUGGCUAUUAAGCAAAUUCAAGGGCUUUAAAAAACGACAUGUUGAACCUGCAACUGAAUACCCCUGCACUACUUGCUGCAUCCAUAGAGAGGCCCAACAGAGAUGAGGCAAUGGGUUCUUUCGUCAGCAGAUAAAAUCUUUCCAGCCUAGUCAACUAAAAAAUGCCCUGCAAUGUUUUGAUUCUUUGUAGUUUAGGCUAAGCUAGGUCACUACUGCAAUUAGUGACUUAGAUGACCAUACACUGUAUGGUCCACUUAAACUGUGACCGGUUUUCUUUAUUAUUAUUAACUUAUCAAUUCAAAUAUGCAAGAUGGAAACAAUCCAUUUGUGAAUUCUUAUUUAAAAAUGAGGAUUUCCAACUAUAACCUAACGAUAUACAGCAAUGAACAACAAAAUAUCAUUUUAUUAUUAAGAUAUAAAGUUUCAACUUGUACAUUUUUUUCCCAGUUAACAAUCACAACUGUUGGAAAAAAAAGGGCGACAUGUUAGUAGUCAAACACUAAUCCACCAUUAUUAUUCAGAAGCUGUGAGCAAAUAGAGAGAAGAAUUAUGUAUUUCCCACACACCAUUGGACUUUAAAAGACCAUGUAGUCUUACAGAUCUUCUAGUUCCAACAAUUAUUGUUGAUAUUUCCAUGCUGCAUAUUUGAGUUAGGGGCAUUUUGUUUGCUGGGUAGCAACCAUUUUAAUGGCAACAAAGUUGCUCUAGCCCAGUCUUCCAGUGGUGAGUGAGAAAAUUACAUCAUAUUUUAUAUAAAGUAGGGUUAUUUGCAAUAUAUCAUAUAUUUAUUCAUCCGUACAAUGGAAUCCUGUGAACUCCAUCUCAUCCUCCAACCUUUCAGGCUCCUGGAAAUGAGGUUGUAUGCACUUAACUGCACUCCUAUGUCCCUUCCAAGGCCUAAAGGCAAUGUGCCUGCUUUUUUAUGAUCUGAUUCUUCAUAUGCCAAGGCACCAUACUGCUGCUUGUAUUGCCAUGCAGCUCGUAACACCCAGUAAUUCAGGCAAACUGCCUGGAAUCCUGGGUGUUCCACUUAAUGCACUUUGGAGGCUCCUCCAUAUUUUCAACUUCAACUACCUCCAAAUAUUUACAUUUUACAAACAGCCACCUCUUGGAAGCAGAUAUUUUCCUCCUGCCAUCACAUUGUCUGGCAGUAGUCAUACAAGCACCUUGCAAACAUUCAAUAGUAGUUAUUUUGUUUAGUCAUAAAUACUAAACGUCGGUUAAUGAAGGGCAACAAAACUGCCAUGAGUCAAGACAUAGAACAUUAUGUCAAUUUUGAGCUUAUUCACUCUUUAACGUUUAUGGCUUCAUCAUACUAUCUCCUGUCCAUAACCACAAAAUAGUUUCAAAUAUGCACACGCUUUCAAUACUGGGUGUAUUAGGUAUAGAAAUUCCUGCAGUUACAUGUAUAUCUCAUCAAAUGUAAUAUUAUUGUAGUUAACACAACCAUUGUUAUGCUCCAGACAAAAACAUAAGUGAAUACGACAUGUCCCAGCCUCAAAAAUCAUAUACUGGGGAGCAGACACGUUUUAUGCAAGCAGUUAGUUCACAUGUGUAGGAGGUGUAUCUCAUCCCAACUUUAAACUCUCUUCUUAAUAACAUCAGGAUACAUAUAUAGAAGCUAGAAUAAUAACUUCUUAACCAAAUUCAUUGACAGAGCAAGACAAAGUAAAAGUAAGUGAAUGACUUGUAGGAAAACAACUGUACAGCGCCUUUCAAUUAUUAUGUAUAACAAUCUGUACAACAACAAAAGAGACAAAUUUUAAAGUGCAAGCACUCCACGAGUCGAGCAUGAACGGCUGUCAAGGGGCAAAGAUAUGGAAAUUUUAUUUGCGUUGCAGUCAACUGAUUACGAGAGCGUAGUUAUUGCUUCUGAUAUGAAUUACUGCUUUUUGUAAAACCAGGAUUAAAGCAGAAAUUUAAAAAAAAAAACCUACACUGAGACAACUUGCCCAGAUUAUUUUUGCCUCGUCGUGAGAGACCUCUGCUAGCAGGGAAUCGUUACAAGGGGAAGGUACCCUUUCGACUACUUGUACAUGUGGAAACAAUGAUCUAAAAUUAUAAACGCUCAGUAUACAAAAAAAAAUUCGUGUUUAAUUAGUCCUUUUCCUUUUACAAUUUGAAGCAUUCAUAGCAUUGAUGAAAUCAAGCGAUAUGCGGAUCGCACUGUACACAAGAAUUGUUCAAAACCAUCUAGGCACUCACCAUUCUUCACUAUCGAGAUCGCAGCUGGCGAGUGGCAGGCUCGAUGUUUUCUGGCGACGCACAAACUUCAUCAGCUUCGGACGAUCUUCCGGCCGCUCAAAACGCCGGGGUUGAAUUCCCGUGAAGGGCUGCCUUAUACUUCGCAUUCUAAAAGUUCUUGUACAUCCGAAUAAUCGGACAAAGAGGUAGCGCUAUCACUUGAAGAACUACAGUCAGCCAUAUUCGCGAUCAUCUGUUGUUCCACACCUGUGACGUCACGUCAAGUGAUAGGCAAAAACGAAGCGUUAAUGGCGGAAGUUCGAGUAAGCGGCAAAUUUAACACUUUGAAUCUCGAUUUCUGAGCCAAAUAGAUCGCUGACGAUAUAUUUCUUGAUGGUAUUACAAUGAGAAAAACAUUUGCAAGGUUUUUCUGAAAAAUGUUGUCCUACGCGAGAGUUGCCCUUUAAGAAAUCGCUUAAGGGAGUUUGUACCUACCUUAAUUGCCUCAAUUAUGGCAAAGUUUGAACAAAUUCUAUGAGAGCGUUUUCGAAAUAUUUUAAAACGAAGUUUUAAGCAUCAUAUAAACAGUGAAAUAGCAUGCUAUCCACACAAUUAGCUAAUUUUUUAAGAAAAUGAUAAGCUUUGGAAACGGCUUCAUCUCAUCAUAGUUAUUAGAGGAGACUGGUUAUGAAAAGCGGCAAACAUCAAUGAUAAAAACAACAGUGCUGCAGUUUAUGUUCAAAGCACCGUGACAGUGCACAGUCCUUUGUUUUCUGUUGGCAAAUUGUUACGGAAUAAAUUAAUGCAACGUUUUUAUUGGUCAAUACAAUCAAAAUGAUAGGAAUUCUUUUGUACGUUGUGCACUUUCAGGUCCACAAAAACAUAUAACAAAGGAGUCUGACGGGUUUCAUAACCAUUCCACUCAAUUAACUAUGAUCUCAUAGUGGUUUGAUUCCAUUGAAAACUGUGUCCAAAAAAGAAGGGAAUUGCUCUGGGCGAUCGCGAGUGAGAAGAAUUUUUUAACUUGCAUUCAGCUGCUUUUGAUACAGUUUUUGCUCGUAAUUUGGUCCACACCUACAAAUUUCGCAUUUUUCACAAAACCGCUCGAUAAAUUUUUUCAUAAAUUUGAAAGUCCCGAGAUCAAUUGUCAAUAAAUAUACCCUGCAGGUUUCAAGAACAUUGAAAACAGGGAAGGCUUUUAAAUAAGGCCUCAAAUUUGACGAAUUUUCCCCCCAGAUUUUGUGUUUACAAGUGAGCAUCCAAAUUAUUCACGUAAUGGCCUCGUUACGUUGCCAUGGCGACUCCGAUUGAAAUAAAACCCAAAUCAUAAGAAAUUUUCAUCUUUAUACAAUACAGUUGUGGAAACCUUUUUUCCAUAUCUUUACUCAUGGCGAUGUAGUUAAUGCUCAAAUUCGGGAGGCAUCCCCCCCAAAAAAAAUCCAGGCGAGCCACCUUAAUUGUUCCCAGAUUACCACUGGCCACGUGCGCGUAAAAGGCGCCAAAUUUCGUUCCAAAAUGGCUUAGACCUUUCAUCUCCAUUCUAAAAGGUACAACCCUGGCAAAUAUUUGUAGUGAAAUGGUGACGAGUGAAAUGGAUUUGGACAAAACGCGCGACUAUACCAUUUGAUUACCUAUUAAUAUCAUGGGUGACGAAUUACGUUAGCAAUCGAGGAUUUUUGACAUGUUUAUCCUGGAUCGUAUCGGUCGAUCGAUCGAGAACUCGACUCUCUCAAACGUUUAGGGCUGAAAUUUGGCUUAGGUUUUCAGAAUGUUUCGACAAAAUACCUCUUAGAAUCCUUUUUGAUGUGCUCUUUCGUUUGUUCAGGUUUUCUAAAUCGUCUUUUUAUGCCCUGAAAUCUUCGUUUAUGACAUUUUAAAACUUCGUCGCCAUCUUGACACGGAGACGUACGGAAGGUUGCCACGGCAAUUUUGUAAUUUCGCAUGUGAAAUUACAAAUUAACGCUGAAAUUUCGCGCCAAAAUUAAGGAGUAAUUCGUCACCUAUGAUAUUACAGUAGAUAUCAAUUCGAACGAAUGGCGAAAGAAAAGCAUCGAGCAAACCUGACAGUUUAGAAACGGUACAGGACUUUUGAAUGAGGUUCAGACCGAGGAAAGUGCUUUCGGACUCGAAACAACUGACAAGCAAGCCCAGAAAGGGGUGCGCGACUUCAGCCAAAGAAGGGACAAUUCAGAUAAUGAUAAAACUUUAUCCUGCUAAGGUGGGUGCCCCUACAUUAUUUAAUCUUAACAUGUACAACGGCAGUAAUUUCUAAUCAACGCUUAGAUUUAAGGUGCCCGUGACCCCCUACUGGCACCAUCUUUUCCUUUCCAUCUAAACAGGCCCUUAGUUUAGCCUGCGUAGCGAGCAUUUCUGCGCAGCAUGCAACAUACCGCGCAAUUGCUUGCUACACAGCCUUUUGUAAAGUGGACUAUAAUAUUUCAAUACGUUAUUUUGUUUUUCAAUUCUGUUAAUUUCUAGAUGUGGGGCGUGUUUGCUAAUGAAAGUAACUACCGCGGCACAACUGUAAAUCAUGUCAGGUAAUGAGAUUACUGUAUUUUUUUUAUUCCAAAUUGCGAGCCACAUCGAACAAUAACAGUAUAAAUCUAGUGUUCUUGGCCGAGAUUAUUUACAUGUAGAACCUCUGGACUAAGGCUAGAUGUACCCUUAUCUCUGGGUACCUGCUUAGCGGCCUGUUUUAUAGGGCAUGUGAUAAAACAUGGACUGGACUGGACUGGUAAAACAUGGAGUGAUAAAACAUGGAGAGGAUAUGGAUUAAUAAAAUAAAAUACAGUCAACAUAAGCAAAUACAUGACUUCUUGUUCUGCGGAGGGGCAGUGAAAGAAGGAAAGUCUCCAGAUUUUCGAUCUCCAGAGGUUGGCAUCUCUGGACUUACCUUCUACCAAAAAAAAGAAACUAGUAAGAAAGGUGGGGGGAAAAGAAAAGAAAAGAAUGACUUGAGAAUACUAUGAUUUUCAACUACAGUGAGAUUUAAACCCGGUCUGCCGAUGGGAGAAAAAAAAGCCAUGUCAAUGUGACCAUGAAGGCACAAACCAUAUAGCCAAGGAAAUUACAAUUCAUUAAAAUUAACAGAAAGAUGAUCCAGUCUUAUCUGAUUGAUCACUUGACUCUGUUGAAACGGAAAACGCUUCUUUUAUGCUUAAAAUUCAAUGAACGGUUAAACUCCUUUGCGGGUGAGUAAAAGCACCUUUUGAAAAAAAAAAUUGGCUCUCUUCUUCUUAUGGUUUCGUUUAACUUGCCGGUGAAGUUUGAUUUUAUGAGUUAACAUAGAGUAUGUGGUCCUUGGUCCCGACGAAAAAGACAUAAAUUAAAUGCGUAUUUCUUAUCUUAGAAGAAGAGCAGUGACCUGAAUUUGUCUUGAAAGUUGCCGUAACAUUUUUGAAAUUGACGAUUAAGUGACUUUAUUUUUUUCUUUUUUACAAAAAUUGUACGUUAAUCAACAAUUGAAACAAAACCAAUGUGCUGUCCCUUAGCGGCAGUUGUAUUCCUCUAAAAGUCAGUCUUACAGUAAUAAAAAAAGUCUUCUUGUUCUUCCGAGUCAUUAUCGAGUAUCGAGAGUAUCGUUACAUGUCCUUUCUAGGAGAUCUCAAUAGAACCUUCAAUCUCUUCUAAUAGUUGGGCGAAAAAGACAUAAAAAGACAUAAAUUAAAUGCGUAUUUCUUAUCUUAGAAGAAGAGCAGUGACCUGAAUUUGUCUUGAAAGUUGCCGAUGGGCGAUGCCAGCCUUUUCCCACCCUUUAGCGAUAUGGCGCCAAUAUUACUGCUGAGAUGGUUGUACAGGUCCACCAACCAUGAAGCGUGGAGAGGUUUCAGGGCUGUAAGUCUCAAGUGGGCGUUGACCUCACAAUUAGCAUCACCGUUUCCUGGGUUUAUCUGUUUCUGUACCUCUUCGGAGUAUCAUGUGGUAAAUUUGUCUUUCAUAAAGCGCUUCGCCUCACCAUUAACAGUCAGAUCUAAUGGCUGAAAAAAGUGAGUCAUAUUAGCGGGUACGGACACAACCACGAUAUUUAGACAUGCCAGCUUUGACAAGACCCUCGCCGUCGUUUGUCCCUUAAACACAUCCCAGAUCAGAAGCGCUCUCUGGUUAAUGGCAGCUUCAGUUCUUUCUUUUUCCUCCCAACGAAUGGCUUGAUGACUUUGUCGAUCAGGGAAAGUGUUUCCGCUUCAUUUGAGUAGUGCUUCUCAUGCAGUGAAACUGCAAACCCAUUUUGAAACUUGAAGCCCACUGGCUGACUUCUUGAAGUUUUGUCUUGGUAUAUGAACUGCAUUGGCGAGAACUCCCCCGACAACGAAAUAACAAAUGUAAGCGUUGUUCCUUUUAUCGGUUAAGCCUUUGAUAGGGACUGAAGAAGAGUUCUUCGAGGCCAUUGUCAUUCUUCCUACUGAGACUUACGAGGAAGGGGCUUGGUCCGUGCUUAGCACCAACUCGGGUGGGAUUUUCUGCUGGGUGAUCGCACGGCUGAUAUCUGUAAGAAAAAUGAGCUUGCACUCUUCAAACACCCCGCGAGGUACUGGGGGACGGGUUGUUGUUCCGGCUCGGCGGGUGAAAUUGCAACGUCUACAAGUAGACUUCACCCAGGUAGGUUUGGGCUCAAAUCCUCUCAAUCCACUUAUGUUGUUGCUGUUUACAAGUGCCAGUGCAGUAGCCUUAACCUCGCAUGAAUUUACAACACCGCCUCUGCUACGAAUACUCUUGAGAAAGGAGAUUAGCUUGCUAUCCAGUUCAAGAAGGCUUGGUGGACGACCAUGUGUAUAAUGUGGGAUAGCCACGAUAUUUGCCUGUGCAUUCCCCUUUCGCCUCUCAUUUCAAUCGUUUCUCGUACGCUUGCUUGAAAGUCCUGACUGUACUUUCCUUUAGGGCCGGUGGUCCUUUCUUGACGUGAGCCUUUGAAUUGCCAUUCUCACUAGCAUAUUUGCCGAUCUUGGCACGAAUCUGGGCGGAGAAGUGCGUGUAUUUUCCGCGCUUUCUGGAUGAAGAUGCAGUAGAAGGCUCGGUUGUAACAAUAUCCGCAACACUCGAUACAACAGCGUUGUAUUCUACGUCUCCCAGUGAAGUGCUCUCUUUACGUGGAAAACAGGCUGGGACUGAAUGCUAACUCUCUAUAUCUUCGCUAUUCUCAGGUUGUUCUGGUGUUUGUCGCCUCUGGAUCGUAAAGCCACAGCGAAAUAAAGACAAUGCGCCAAGCAGUGGUACUUGACCGUCGUGGCUUUACCAGAUGAUUGCAAACACGUAAGGGAACUUGAUAUUCUAUUGCGUUUCGUGGUUUUACGCGUCUAAACUGAAACAUUAUACCCAUUGCGGUAUAUAGCCCACCCGUAGGCUAUAAGUUAGCCUUGUCCUCAGGCUUUUUGUUGUCAGCUCCGUCUUUUGCCUCCGUCUUUCAGAGCUGGCUAUAGCCCUAACACGAGCAUCUAAGGAAUUUAAACGACGGUGAUUUCAUCAAACAUUCAUUUUUGUGGGGCCUUCGUGGAUUCCAUGUUUACAAAGAGAUUUGGAAGCCCAUCGUCGGGGAGCUUUUGAGAUGUUCUCACGAACGAAACAAUAUGUACGAUCGUUACGCAAUCGCAGCUAACAAACGGCUCCGUGGUCGCCUGGCCGAUUCGAUUAUAGGCCAUUUUCCCAGAGAGAUUUCUAGAGCUACUCGCCUUUUCUUAUUGAGAGGUGGGAUGGUUCAUCUUGAAGUUACUGAUGAAAACUAUCGUCGAUCCCCAUUGAUUCAGGGAGGUCUGGCAAUUCCUGUUGAGGUAGUAUGUGAAAUGGACGAUACACCAAGAAACAGGGCAAUAAUGGAAAGAUACAAGACACUCGUAAUUACACACUACAAGGAGCCGGGACAGGAUGUUCAAUUUGACGACUGUACAAAGGAUGUAUUGGAGGAACUGUUCGAAGAUGAUUACUCAGAUUGCGAAGAAGAACUUGAGGCGAAUCUUGACACUGAUUAACAUCUAAAGUUGAUAGAUGAUAGCUCCUUUUACUAACACCUUGUGUUAAAAAUUGUUUAGGACCCUUGAAAUCACAAAUACAUGAUUUUUCUAUGUCCAUUAAAUUUCGCGAGAUCAAAGUUCGCGGUCGUCAUUUUUGACGGGUCUUUAAGUUCGCGAAUUUUUUAAAAUCGCGAAAAUCGCGAAUUUAAGAACCCGCCAAAAUUAAGGAAAAUAAGGUACCUUUUAUUAGUUCGAGAAGGCAAAACUUCUAAUUUUGCAGCCUUCGUUUUUUUACUCACUUUUUUUAUAUCCUUCGAGGAGUAUAAGUCUUUUAAGAUGAGUCUUUUAAGUCUUUUAUAUAAGCUUAAAAGCUACUUGAGCUGGACAACUCAGUGACUUGCCAAGAUUUGAAUAUAUUAAUAUUUUGCCUGCCCUAAUAAUUUUUACAAUCGCAAGUUUUGAAGAACAACAUGGAAGAUAAAAAUAAAAUAUAUGCCCGGCAGCCAGGAAGGGUCUAAGCUGCACGGCAGUCAGAAUUUUUUUUUUAUUUUCUUCAAAAUCCCUUUUUCUUAAUAUAAUCAUUUGAAAGUAUUAUAUCUUCAUUUUGAAUUACCAAGCGAUUAGGAAAACAGGAAUGGCUUCGCAGUAGAACGGUACUGGUUUCUUGGGCAUAAGGGACUUUAAGAACCGACAACGCGGUGGUCUGGAAAACGUGAGGACCGAGAGUGGUGCUGGGGCGAGCACCGCGUUCUAAGAGGGGGAAAUAUGUACUUAAGAUCAACAACGCGAUCAUUUACAUUAAUAGUCAUCGUCUGGAAAACAGUAAAACGCUUUUCACCCUCCCUAAAAGAAUGACUCAAAACUCAUUUAAGACUUUACAGGAAGCUUUGCUCCUUGUUCUGGAUGAAAAGCUAAUAGAUGACGAAGAAUUUGCCGUGCUGUAUGAAGAAUUCACUCUACAAAACCUUCCGUUUAGCCACUGGGAUGACGAAAACUUUUUCCUCGAAAACAAAGACUCCGCAGAUUGUAAGGCAGACUUCAGAUUUGAAAAGAGUGACAUCUUAUUGCUGGUGGAUGUUUUACAGAUGAUACCUUCACAUGUCCGAAUGGUGCCGUUUGUGAUUCAACAGAAGGACUUUGUGUUAUACUGAAGCGCUUCAGCUAUCCAUGUAGGUUGUCUGAGAUGAUUUCUACUUUUGGUCGAUCAGUACCCGAGCUCAGCAUGGUUAGCAAGGAAGUCACUGACUGGGCGUACAAUGUUCAUGGCCAUGGGAUUACCGAAUGGAAUCAUUUCAUUAUGUCUCCUAAUCUACUGCAAACUUACUCUGAAGCAAUUCAUGACAAAGGUGCCGCCUUGGACAACUGUUUCGGCUUUGUUGAUGGAACGGUUCGUCCCAUAUCAAAACCAGGAGUCAAUCGGAGAGCUGUUUAUAAUGGCCAUGCCACAAGCGUGUUCACGCUCUUAAAUUUCAAUCCUUGGCCCUACCAAAUGGAUUGAUUGGCCAUGUGUUUGGACCAGUAGGUAAGGGUUUCAUUUUUUAUGGUGGGAUAGUACCGUAGCUGUUUUUACUUGGAGAGACAUUUUUAUCACCUAUGUGAACUUAAAAGGUUAGAUUGACUUCUUUUCUCAUGUUAAGCUGACGUUUCUUGAUGGCUCCCUCCCGGUCUCUCAAUUCAGAGGUAUUUUCAGUAACUCCCGUUCCCAUUUGUUAUUAGAGGAAAUGGUUGUCCUGUCACCACAGACAAGUAAAUUAUAAAUUCUGACUUAUAGGCCAUAAGUACCUGGACUGCAAGAAUAAUAGCCAGCCAAUUACUAAGCUAAUUAAUGGUCUAUAUAGGCAACAGUUUGUCAGCCGACCAAUGUGUGACUGAUUGUGGUUCAAAAGUUAUAUUUUUGGCUCUUCUUCAGAGGGACGAAUGCAUGAUGCGAGAAUGUUGGACACAUCUGGCCUCUAUGUUGACCUGGCACACUUCGCCUUUUCCCCUGCUGGACAGGAGAAGUGUAUCCACGGGGAUCCGGCAUAUCCUCUACAUACCCAUCUGCAGUGCCCCUUCAGACUUGGGGUGUUAACAAGACAAAUGGAAGAGUUUAAUGCAUUUACGAGUUCUGUACGUACAAGUGUGGAAUGGUAGUUUGGAGACCUUAUAAAUUAUUUCAAGUUUCUCGACUACAAAAAAAAUCUCAAAAUUGGCCUUAGCCAUGUAGGAAAAAUGUACAUUGUUUGUGCACUUUUGCGGAAUGCUUUAACAUGUCUCUGCCGCAAAACGACUGCUCACUACUUUGGCCUUGACCCCUCAUCACUAGUCGAUUACUUUAGCUAAAAUACUGUAACAAAAACACCUGUCAAUGCUUACGUUUACAUAAAAUCUUGCAUAAAAUCCUGAUUGAACAGUUGUUGUGUGUUAUUUGUAGGGAAUGUUACAACAAGCAGAACUAAAUAAAGGCGUGGCAAAUAAUACUCUGACUUCAACAUUUUGUAAAAAUGUAAAUCUUAAACAUGUAAACAUCGAGAAAUAGAAAUUUAAUAUCUUCUUGUUAAGCAUUUUACUAAUGACGCCCAUGACCUGCUGCAUCAUGAGCAUUUGUUGCUGCUGGAACCGUUGCUGUUAUUGCUGAAACUUUCUCAGAAAUGAAAAACUUGCAUAUUUCUAGUUAGUCUUUCUAUAGUUGAAAAAAUAAAAUAAUGAAAGCACAUAAUGUCUUUUAUUUUAUCAAGUUGAAAACAGUGAUCAGCCCAUGCAAAGAAAUCUGACAGUCUUGGAUUCUCAAUUCUGCGCCAUGGAUACUGCAUUCUGGAUUCUUUGUCAGUGGAACUUGGAUUCCGGAUUCCAGUUAUAAGUGGGAUCCAGAGUACUUGACCUUUAUUCCAGAUUCCAAGAGAAAAAUUUCCCAGAUUCCAGAUUCCCUUACAUGGGGUGACAGUGAUCCUAAGAUAAAUACGUUUUCUGUCAAACCAAAACCUGUUAAUUGAGCUUGUAAUUACUGUAGGCUAAGUAUGCAUGUUGUUCUUGUCACUGCAUGUUGGUCUUGUUACUAUAUGCUUGAAAAGGGGAUUGUGGACCAGGUGAAAUAGUGGCUGGCAUUGUAGUUUUCCAAAACCAGCUGGGUAUGAUUAUGAAGCAGCUAUAAUUCAGUUCUAAAACUUGGAUUUAAAAAAAUAAACUGCUUCAAAGGGUGCAUAUAUCACUAUCCACUGAAUAAACAAGAACAGAAGGGGCAUGCAGCAUCUUGAUCAUAAGAUUUUUCAUGUAGGGAUGCCAAGGCUUUUGAAGUGUUUUGCGUCAGAGCCCCCAUAAGCAUAGUCAGCUUUUAGUUGCCUAGUCAUGGCCAAUGAUUUUCGAGUCACAUGGUCCCAAGCGAAAUAGUGAAACAGUUUCCGUCCAGUUUGCCUAAGAUAAGUCACCAAAAUGAAUUGACCAAGAAGGCCUGGGAAAAUGUCAUACAGGGAUAAGGCAAGGCUUUUAGCUUGUUUAUUUGUUGGGCUGUGAGGUUGCAGCUGUUAGAUGUGCUGGCUUAAAUACUCCCAAAGUCUACUUUUAGGUGUUGGUUAGUCUUAGUCAUAGUGUCUGUAUCAUAAUCAUAUCAUCAGAAAUAAUCAGAUUAACUCAACUGUUAAACUGAUAAUCGAUUAUAGUAGAUUAUAGUUUUGUGACCCCUGUGCGCCACUUUCAACACUGAAAAUAGUUUUGUAAGUGAACAAAACAGAAAACCUACCCCGCAAGCAGAGGCUUAUCUGUCACAUAGUUAAACCAACUAAACAUCAUAUAAACUACAUUUAGAGUCCGUCAAAAAGACAACACAGGUGUAUUAAUGUCCUUAUUUGUCAACAAUGUUUUAUGAAUUUUCCACAACAAUCAAUUGCACAUUUAUAUAUUAAACAAUACUCACUUUGCUUUAGGUUUCUGAUCAAUGAUAGAUGAUGAUAGAUAAUCAGCACACCAGUAUCAGGUCAUGUCUCAAUUAGAGUACGAAAGGGCCCAUCUGACGAGCAAAGCAUGUUUGACUUAAAAGAUCUAUUAUCUCCAAAUGAGAUAGGAACUUUUACAGUGCACAUGACUCAGAAAGGACUAUCAAAUUUUUGAACAACUGAAGUCUAACCUUUAGUCAAUUUGUAAAUUGCCAUGGCAAAGCACAGCCCCAAGUAAUAUGUAAAAUAAACCAAAGUCAGGGAUAAAAAAAAGUUUUUGCGCUAAAAAUUAAAUCUGUUUCAAAGCGGAGAAUACAUUUUAGAUUGCUAUAUUACAAACAAUGGAAACACUCUUCACCUUGUGGUAGCUCUUAAAGCGGGGUUAAUGCUUUUUUUUUUUACAUUUGAGAGGCAAAAAAACCAAUAACAACAACAUCUUAAAUCCUCUAUUAAAGCCCCCCUCUCUCAAAUAAGCCCUCUUUUUCAGUGGAAGAAAGUUUUAACAAUAAGCCCCCCUCUCUUUUAUCCCCAUCACACCUUCCCCCCCCACUCCCUUUUCUUAUUCUUCACUAAUAAUUAAAAGACUGUAUCAAUCAAUGACGACUGUAAAACUUUGUGUGGACCGAUCAAGGAUUCCAGCAACUGGAAGUUUGGAUUUGUUUUUGAUCAUCGGCUGCUUGACCUCCAACCUUCUUGUACUUGAGCCUUUUCACGUGGCAUUUUUUUGGGGGAACUAAUAUCAGCAUCUUUGCUAGGUUAAAUAAGGCCUCUAUCUCUAUUGCCCGGAAGCAUUGUGAACAGGGUUAGAUAUCAAAAGCUAACAAGAAAGUCUAAAACUGUGAGGUAGAUGAAGAUUGACAAUAAUUUUAUUACCUGUACGAGAUCAAGUGAAAAAAUAUCCAAACCGCAAGCAAGCGCGAUUUACUUCAAUUGCAUCGCGAUCGCUGAUAUCGCGCCGCGAUCACGAUAAUCCCGCCGAGAUCAGAAUCAUCUUCAACUACAAAGAUUUUGCAGUUGAUUUUGUAGUUUGGCGUUAAGCGAAUUAUAACCGUGACUUUAAUGAGGCUUACUCUCAAAGUGUUAUCCCUUUGACGCUCAAAUAAAGACUGAUCACAGAGGCGUUAUUGUGCCUGCAGGCGCGAAACUUAAGGCCAUGAGAUACAAAUGCACAAUGCACGAUUACAGGGAGCAUAGAAAAAUUGCGUUUCUUGCAAAACUUCUAGAACAAAGCUGGGACGUUAUUUUUGAUAGCGAAGAUGUGGAAUCUACUUCUCGUUACUUGCAAUCAACGCUCCGUGACCUUAUGAAUGAAAACGUUCCAGCUAAAACCGUGCGUAUGUCUACGCGCGAUCCACUAUGGAUGACUCCGCUGGCCAAAGCUCUGCUGAAGAAAAAAGCCAAGGCUAAAUGCCGCUGCCCGGAUGGAUGCCCAAUUAAUCUUGAAGAAAGAAUUAACGCGAUUGUUGCAGAAAAUCAUAAAUCGCUUGCGAGUGGAAAGAAGGGCUCUAAGGCCUGGUGGGAAAAGGCCGAUGCGCUGUCAACGAGGAAAGAAAGAUCCAACCCAAGCUUUGACGAGGACUCUGUGAAAGAACUUAAUCAUUAUUUUGCAAAUUUAUGUCACGAUGAAGGUUAUAUCAGACCCGUACCCAUGGACAUCACGGAAAACAUUCCUGCACCACAGCUCACACUGAGCCAGGUUUACUACGCUCUGCUCAAAACAAAGCAAACAUCUACCGGCCCAGAUAAUAUACCAUUCUAGGUCUGGAAGGAGAACGCUGCCAUAUUGGCACCUGCAGUACAAGCAAUCUGGAACCUAUCCUUGUCAACUCAAAGGUGGCCCAGUGCAUAGAAGCAAGCUAAUGUCUAUCCGCUACCCAAAGUAGACAUUCCAGUCCAGCCUCAAGACUUUAGGGAAAUCUGCAUUACACCGGUAAUUGCUAGGACUUUUGAGCGAGUAGUGUGUAGCACCUUUAGUAAAAAAGGUGUGGAGAAUUACUUGAAUAAUAACCAGUUUGCGUACAGAACAGGAGGCAGUUGUACAAACGCGCUUCUUAAAAUACAGCAUGAAUUUCUCCAAGCUUUAGAUAGCAACGAUAACCGAGCAGUCAGGCUGUUUACGAUGGAUGUUUCAAAAGCCGUUGACAGAGUCAAGCACAAUUUACUAAUAGAGAAAUUAACACAGAGCCCUUUAAACCCAUACAUUGCCAACUGGUACGUCAGCUUCUUGUCUGACAGAAAACAGAGUGAGUGGUCUGUCAUAAUACUGUUUGUGAUCGGAAGGAUGUCAACCGUGGUACUACUCAGCGAAGCGUCAGCGGCCCGUAUUUGUUUAACCUCUUCUUAAACGAUCUUGACGUCGCUCAGUACUCCCAGGAUAGCGAUCUUACUAAGUAUGCAGACGACACUUCUAUUCUUGAGACUGUGCGUAAGAAUAGUGUACAUGAGUCACAAAAGGCACUGAAUGCAUUUUUGGAGUGGACAGAGGUUAAUGGUAUGAGCUGUAACACACGCAAAUGCAAAGAACUCUGUAUGGCUAAAACAGGUGUCUAACCGAACUUUCCCCCUCUAUGUGGCAUAGAACCGAGUGACAGUUUCACUCUAUUAGGUGUCACAUUACAAAAACGACUGUAAGUUUUCAUUUCAUGUUAACGGAAAGCUUCGGGAAGCAAACAAGUGUUUGUACAUUUUGCGAUCGGUACGAAAAGAUGGAUACACGCAGGUAGAAAUAGAUUAUCUCUUUAAGGCUAUUGUUCCGCCAAAGAUCACAUACGCAGUUCCAGUAUAUGGAGCCAGCCAGGUAGAUUUAAACACCAUACAAUGCUUUUUAAAAAGGUGCAAUAAGCGACGUUACACUUCAGAGUUAAUUAAUAUCUAUGACCUUUUAGAAAAGUGUGACCGCAGGUUGUUCACCAAAAUUAAGAACAAUGUUAACCAUGCAUUAUAUGCCCUUUUGCCGAAAGUCAGAGUCAUCCAAGAAGUUAAGAUCACAAACAAGUCAAUUACCACGGAUUAAUACAGAACGUUUUUAGAAUUGCUAUUUUAGUAGAUAAGGUUUCAAGACAACUUGGCAAUUUAACAAUAUAGAUAUCCAAUGUUUUAUUAGGUUUUAUAUAAUAAGUGUAAAUGAUCUGUGCGAUUUUCAUGAUUUGUAACGUUUGUUAUGUAUUUUAACGGGCGGAAUAAAUACAUUUAUUUAUUUAUUAUUUAUUUAAUGCUUUAAGGUGAUGUUACAUGGGACGAUUCGCAACGACGAUUUUUAGUGCAACACAGCAAUGUUGGAACAAUGUUGCAACCAUUAGAAACAAUGUCGCAACAAUGUUGUAAUGCUGUGUUGCGCUAAAUACCGUGGUUGCGAAUCUUUCCGUCCAUCUAGUUCAUGUUUUUCCAAUCCAGUCCAGUCCAUAUUUUAUCACAGCCGUUUUAUAGUACCUUUUUCUUCAGAUGUAUGUGACUCAUGACCAUUUAUUGCCAUCAAGACACGUCUUCACAAUGAAGGAACUUACCGAGAUGGUGAAAAAUUCACCGUGAGCGAAGAAGUUAGUCAAAAGAGUGACACGCUAAACACUUGCUGAUUUCCUUGUUACUGGACCAACGGGUGGAAGGAAGCCCAAACUAAGAUGAUAUCUUGAAUCUCUAAAAACCUUGUUUUCUUCUUAUAGAUGUGGAAGUGUGAUUGUCGAUCUCACCCUGAGUUUUAGUGCCCUUGUUACCGAAAAGCGGAUACUAUAUAUUCUUAAAGACGCCGCUAAGGAUGGGAAGUUUGGAAGUUUCAAUGUAGACGCUUCAUCCAACAAAGGAACACAACCAGAA